ACGCUGCGAUUUUUCGGCUCUGGUGCAAUGCAGACAGUUGUAGGUGACCUGGUCAAUGUGUCGCAGCCAUCGGUGUCGCGGUGCAUAUGGGAGACGACGCAGGCCGUGUGUUUACGGCUUUUCCCGAAAUAUGUGCGCCAUCCUGACGCUCAAGAAGCAACAUCGUUGAUGACCCGCUUUCACAACAUCGGCGGAUUUCCUGGUGUGACUGGAUGCAUCGACUGCACGCACGUGUCGAUUGACAGUCCGGGUGGGGAUGACGCCGAGCUGUACCGGAAUCGGAAGGGAUACUUCUCUAUUAAUGUGCAGGCUGUCACCGGACCAGAGUUACAGUUUCUGGAUGUAGUUGCAAGUUGGCCUGGAUCGGUUCAUGACAGCCGCAUAUUCUCGAACAGUAGAGUGAUGGUGCUUUACGAGCAAAAAGCUGUGCCAGGCAUUCUUCUGGGCGACCAAGGUUAUGCCUGCCUGCCAUAUCUGAUGCCUCCACUCAGAAACCCCCGCACAGCUGCAGAAAAGAGGUACAACACUAGUCAUAUCAAGACCAGGAACACCGUGGAAAGGGCUUUCGGAGUGUGGAAGAGACGCUUCCCAUGCCUGCGGACAAAACUGCUCACAGACACUCCCCGGUCUGUUGCCAUCAUUACAGCUUGUGCAGCCCUGCACAAUGUUGCAUAUGCAAUGCGGGAGCCCUGUCCAGUGUCCAUUGAUGAAGAUGAUGACUCAAGUUCAGGAGACGACCAAAUUCAAAAUGAAUCUGACACUUUACUGGGCACACAAUUAAGCAGCCGCCUCAUCCAACGAUGUUUUUCUUCUAGGCAUACAGAUGAUGACGCAGCGUCCUCAUGAAGGUUUAGCUAGCCGAGGAGCCCACAUUAUUGUGUGUACUGGAGCUUCAAUGCAUAUUUAAGCACUCCAUGUAGUUGAAAUAAAUCCAGGACCCUUCACAAUGGCUCCCCCGUAGCUGCGGUAUUUCUUGUCAUGUUAAACCCCAUUUAUUUUUACUCAACACCAUCGAGUACAGUGUUGCAUCGAAUGCAGCCCUGUUCUCUGUUCUUCACUUAAUUACUGUGAAAUGUUUUGAAGAAAGCAAAUUACUGAAAAUACACAGAGCAAAAAUUUUUUAUUUAGUGAUCCUUGCUGCUGUCAAGUGCUUCCAUUUGUUUUAACAGAAGUUCUCAUUUUAUUUUCUGCACUUCUUGGUUUUGUUUCAGCACUCGAAUCUGCAUCCUGUGUUGCAUCUU